GAGUUGAGGUAUGGCAUGUGGAUCUGAAGUGUGAAGGACCAACAUAUCCUGGACAGCUCUGUUUACUGUAUCUGUCCUCCCAUCCAGGGUCUGGGUAUAUCUGGACAUAUACGCCCAGAGCAAGAGGACCAAGAGCCCAGAUCCAGAUCCAGCACCAGUGUAAAACCAUGCCUCGUCUUUGUGCCUCAAUGCUGCUCUGGGUCGUCCUGCUGGGUCUCCUCUCUCUAACAGGGGCUGAGGAAACAGCAGGAGAAGAAGGCAAAGCAGCAGAUUUGGGGCGUGAGAAGCGCAGCAUGCCCAACUGGGCUCUGACCUCCUCUGACUUCUUCGGCUGGGUGGAGGCCCUGCGCGAGCACGCUGGUUAUGAGAAGAUUGAAGACCUGGCCAGAACCUUCUGGGCUCACUUCCCCUCCGCCAGCCGCCUGGGCUAUGAGCUGUCCGACCCUGACGAGGAGUGAGGAACCAGAACCACAACAACAACGACGUAUAUAAAAACUGGUGAAGGAUCAGUUUUGCCUUUUUAGAUCCAAAAGAAUAAGAGUAUAUGGACAGGGGGAACCUGAGCCUAGAUCAGAGUAGGAAUGCUGAUCUAGGAUCAGGCCCCCCUGUCCAUGUAAUCUACUGAAUUGUGAUCUAAAAUGAAGAAACUGACCCUAGAUCAGCACUCCUAUUCUGACACACUUUAUGAUUACGGGACCAGAACUAGAACCAACAUCUCUCUACUGCAUGCAAGUAGUGUAAAUUGUAUAUAGAGGCCUACACUAUAUACUUGUAGGCCUACUUGUAUAUAGAGGCCUACUCUGUCCUCAGAGGACCCUGGAAAAGACAUGUAUUGACAUUCACCAAAGAGGAGAAAGGGAAGGGAUGGAAUGUCUGCAUGGAGGUCAUGUGAUGCUCAGUGUAGGUGGGAUAGACAGAGAACACACGUUGACAGCAGAUCAGGCCUCUCAUACACUUGACUUUGCCUUGUUUUGUGUCCAUGAACAAUAAAUCUGUAUGCGUUCUGUGUGUGAAACUGCUUUUCCACGACCCAAUUAAACUCCCAGGGCCCUGGAGAUUUAA